CGCCAAGGUGUUUGCCAUGGCCCGACUUGGUCGCCGCCGAAGCACAUGCAUGGCUCGGCAGUGGCUUAGUUACCACUGCGACGUGGGCGUGGCUCAACAGUGUGUUGGUCACCACCACAACGUGGCAGCGGCUUGGUCAGAGAGCAGUGCGAGCUACAAAGAGGCACCCUACUUGGGGGUCCCCUCUGGCUGCCGCGCUGAUGACCCGGAUAGAUGGUCCCCCAGAAAGGAUUGGAGGAAGAGGACUUGGACACACAGGGCGAAGACACUCGGGGGCUGGAGGCAUGGGGUGGGUAACUGAUCACUGGGAGAGAAAAAUCUAAGUCAUUGUCCGAGUCGAAAUCAGACAGACGGUCGUAUAAAUUCAGGUCUUCCUCAUAAUCCAAAAAAGUCGAGCAAAAUAUGUGGUGGAGAGUGGGUUGUAGUUGGAACAUAAUCAGGGCACACGGGUGGUUCAGAUGGCACGGUAAGCGCGGACAACGAGACGGAACCCACCUGGAUAGGAGAAGUUUGGUCCUCAGGCUGGGAUCACUGGAAGGCAGGCAAGCGCCUGGGUCCUGUUCUGGCCAGUUCGUUCUGUCAUAAACCAGUGGCAUGGGGACGGACCCAAAUGCAGGACUUCCAGGCAAAGGGAUAAUGUUCAGAGUGCUUACAUUACAAAAACAGGUAAAUUCCAAAAGGCAGUCCAAAACGAGGCAGAGGCACCAAAACGCUAGACUAGGCAAGAUCCCAAAAACAUGUGAAACAAGGUUCAAUGACUAUGAGGCAAGCUAAGAAGCAUAACAAGAUGUGAUCAAACUAAAAGGGUACGAUUCGCUGUGACAAAGAAUUGCUCUACACUAAUUUAUGCACCGUAGCGAAGUAUCCCAGAAUGCAGUGAAGCAUGUGUAAUGAACUGGCAAAUGGCGAUGACACAUUUUCCACUUAAGUACUGUAGGGAUUUGCGAGUUUGGACCCUAUGCGUGUUCACGAAUUGAGGAAGAUAUGACCAAUGAUUAGAAAAAGUUAAAAACAAAUGGAUGUAUUACAAAGGAAUGUGCAGUACAGACGUCCGGGUCUUAUCGAGGUAUCUGCCGCACACAAGACGUGUGUCUUCUGGCAGGAUAGCCAAAGAAGAAGACAAGAGCUGCCCAGAAACGCGUGAUUUUUAUAUGUAUGGGUCCAUGGUAAAAGUGGCUAUAAUCUAUGUAAAAGUGGCUAAAAUGUAUGUAAUUGAUACGGUCGACAUUUUCAUUAGGGUUAAUAGGGGAAAGAGCGGAAAUUACAGGCAUAUUUUCCAAACCAGCAACUACCUGAUCAGCCAGUUUAUAGUCAUCUGAGACACCACGGGGGACGCCAAUAGCAGAAAUGUAGGUGGGGUCGUCAGCACCGAGCCAGGUAGACUUGGACCUACGUGAACGGUGUAAUAGGCUAAGAGCUUCCUUGAAGUUUUCAGGAGCAACCGCCAGAUCAUCUUGGGUGAGAGGAACAAUGGAAAUAGGCAAAAGUAAAGUUACUAAUGCACAUCUGCCCGUACUGUUGCGCAGGAGGCGGUCGAAGAGACGGUUUCCUCCGCACCACCACCACACAUGAGUACGGCUGACAGGUUGGAAGAAAGGUGUUUCAUGGGUCUCUGCACACUGAUCAUCAGAGAUAUUGUCAAUAGGGGCACCAUUAUCUUUAAGGAAAAUACAGGUGUUGCUAUAAAAAGCCUUGGAAACAUGAAAAAUAUCUCCAAUGGACACAAUGGGCAAGAUAAUCUUCUACGAGGACAAGAACUUCCAAGGGCGCAGCUAUGAAUGCAACACAGAUUGCACGGACCUUCACAUCUUCAUAUAUCGCUGCAACUCCGUCCGCGUGGAAAGCGGCUGCUUCAUGAUCUACGAGCGAGCCAACUUCAUGGGCCACCAGUACUUCAUGAGGAGGGGAGACUAUCCUGACUAUCAGAGAUGGAUGGGCUUCAGCAGCUCCAUUCGCUCAUGCAGGAUAAUUCCCAUAUACCGAGGCUCAUACAAGCUGCGAAUUUUUGAGAAGCCUGACUUCAGUGGUCACAUGAUGGAGUUCAUGGACAAAUGUGCCUGUGUGUCUGACCGGUUCCAUCACCGCCAUAUCUACUCCUGUAAUGUCAUGAAUGGGUUCUGGAUCUUCCAUGAGUACCCCAACUUCCGAGGGCGCCAGUACUUCCUGAGGCCUGGCGAGUACCGACGGUACCGCGACUGGUCUGCCACCUGCGCCAUUGUCGGUUCCUUUCGGAGGGUCACUGAGUUUUAGCCAUCAAGUGAAAACCUUGCUGUAAAUAUCAAAUACUUCAUUAAAAAUGUCUGAUCUUUAACUGA